AUGGAUGCUGAUGACCCAGUGCCAUUGAUACCGUGGGAUGAACCCAUGUCCGAUGAGAAGGAGCCAUCUGCCGAAUCCCUAAGGCUCUACGGGUAUGCAUUGGUGGUAGGAACAUGGCUUCUUUUUGCCGUGUCGAUCAACAGUUUUUUCGAGUUGUGGAGGUUUGUGAUUGCACCCUUGUCGAUGGAUUCACGGUCACAACAGCUCCACCAGCGAUUGGUGGGAUUUUUCUCCACCGUGGACCAGUACGUGCUACGGUCGUUCGGGAUCUACGUCGUGGGCUGGUGGUGGGCGCUUGUGUCAUGGGUGGGAUUGAAGUUGUUCAAGCACUCCAAGGGGAAUCGUGAGUAG